CUCCGGUCGCCAUCGCCACCCGUAAAAAGCGCAGGAGGAUGGUCGCCGCCUCUGCCGGCCGCAAGCGCCGCUCCCGGCCAGCACCGGCGGUGGCUCCGGCGACGCCGGAGGAAGAGCCGCCGCAGCUGACAUCGCUGCUGGCGCUGCUGGCGUCGUCGGUGUCGCUCGCGCUCCGGUUCGCGUCCGACCGGGACCUGCUCCUGCACCCGUCCCAGAUGCUGGAGCUCGACCCGCUCGUCCUCUCCGCCGCGCGCGCCGUGUCCCGCCUUCUCGCGAUGCUGCCGCUCCACCUCCAGACCCUCACGCUCACCUCCAUGUCGCUGUCGCCGCCCACCCCCUCGCCGCCGCUCCCCUCCUCGUGGUUCCUGCGCCUCCUCUCCGCGUCGCACUCCCUCCCGGACUCCGCCUGGCGCGACGCCUUCCGCAUGUCCAGGCCCGCCUUCUUCCAGCUCCUCCACUCCCUCGCGCUCUCCGACCCCGCCUCCUCGUCGUCAUCCUCCCUCGCACUGCCGCCCGACCACAAGCUCGGCGCCGCGCUCUUCCGCCUCGCGCACGCCGCACCCGCCCGCGCCGUGGCGCGCCGGUUCGGCCUCCCGUCCCCGGCCGUCGCCGCCCGCGCAUUCUACGAGGUCUGCCGCGCGAUCGCCGACCGCCUCGCCAUCCUGCUCGACCUCGGCGCGCCCGACCGCAUCGCCCGCGCCGUCCCCGGAUUCUGCGCACUCUCCCUACCCAACUGCUGUGGCGCGCUCGGCUAUGCGCGGAUCGGGGACGCCGUCAUCGCGCAAGCCCUGGUCGACGCCGAAGGCCGCUUUCUCGACGUCUCCGUCGGGUGGGACGCGGCGAUGGGGCCGGCGGAAAUCCUCCCGCGGACGAAGCUGUACAGCUCUCAGUCGCUGGUGCUCGCGAAUGCUCCUCACGGCGAGCUCAUCGGCGGUUCGGUGCCCCGCUACUUCUUGGGGCCGGCAUGCUGCCCGAUGCUCCCAUGGCUCGUGACGCCUUAUAAUGACAUGGACGCCAAGGAUGACAUGUCCAAAGAGAGCAUCUUUAACCAUGUGCACUCGCACGGGAUGCGGCUGGUCAGGAAUGCCUUUGCCCAUGUGCGAUCACGGUGGCGGCUUCUUGACGAAUGCUGGAAGGGAGAGUGCCAAGAGGCGCUGCCGUAUGUUGUGGUUGCUGGCUGUCUUCUCCACAACUUUCUCAUCAAAUGCGACGAGCCGGCUCCGGAGGAAGUUCAGCGAUGUGCCGCCGCAGAACAGUUUCCCGAUUUUGAGGGAGAGAAGGACAAGGAAGGGGAGCGGAUCCGGGAUGUUCUUGCCGCACACUUAAGCCUGACUCCAGUUACCUCUGAAGUCAAAGGUGAUACAAGUAUUUCUACAGAAUGUAGUACUACCAAGAGUGACCUUACCGGCCGCAAUCACACCCGCAGUAAUUUAUUCCGUCGACGACAACACCAUCUACCGACAACAACCAACCAUCAGGCUGUUUCCUGUGAAACAGAACACACCAAUGAAAACUGCACAAUUACAGUUUACACGACUAUGAACAUGAAAACAUCCAAAUUUGGUUUGAAGCUGCAAUGUGGGCUGCCUUCAGAAACUCAAAAUGUAUGCAUCAUUUUUCAGUCAGACUGUGUCCCUUUGUUUUAUGUCAUGCCUGAUUGGGGGAGUAUUUUACACUUUGAAGCAUCCAUGCACUCAUUUGUUCAUUUCUUGCAUACAUUCAAACCAGAUUAUACUGCCACUUUAGAAAAAUCCAACAUACAUGGAUAAACUCCAUAUA